UCUGAGCGGGCUCGCCUUGGAGCUCGGUACGCGGAGUUUCCCCUUCUCUUUCUCCCAGUCCGCCCGCCGUCGCCGCUUCCCGGUCAUGAGGCCUGCCCGUCGUCGGCGCCCGAGCACGGCCCUGUGGCGUGGCUACUGAGCAGCCCCCCCGCCGGGCGGGGACCCCUUCGCUCCUCUCCCUGCUUACAGUCGCCGCCAUGUUGGGCCGGGAGCCGCAGCGGGGCCGCCAGUGAGCCCCGGAGCAAGUGAGGGAGAGGAGGAGCCGGGGCUUGGCCACCGCCGCGCAGCUCGGCCGCCCCGCAGCCGUCAUGGCGGAACAGACCUACUCCUGGUCUGAUGCUGCUGUUGUCAUGGCAGUUCAAUCAUCUGUCUUAGAGCCAGCUGCAAAGCUCACUUCUCUCUGUGGGUAGUGACCAGAAACCACCUGACAUUACUCCAAGAAGUGCAGUAGUUGGAGUUCUUUUGAGAUGUGUCCCCCUAUGGGUGCUCCACUACUGGCCUUCCAUCCCCUUUGCUUUGAAGUCUUGUCUGUGGGAUGUUUCAGUGGAGAAGAAACUGAGCUGAGGGUGGUUUACCCACUCUGCUCUAUAUAUCCUUGGUAUGGGGCACAAGGAGGUGUGACGCGCAUGUGCAGGCCAGGCCUAACAAAGUUACCAAAAAUCUCUGAUCAAAGGUGCAUAAGGAGCAUGCAUACCUGAAGUGGAGCACCCAUAGGGGGACACAUCUUCAAGUCCAGUUACUGCACAAGGGCAUAUUCCCUUGUGGAUUCCAGCCAAGUGUCUACGUUCCUGAUUUCCAUUCUCCUUAUAGUCUAUGGCAGCUUCAGGUCUCUUAACAUGGACUUUGAGAAUCAAGACAAAGAGAAAGACAGCAGCAGCUCACCUGGGUCUUUCAAUGGCAACAGCACCAAUAACAGUAUCCAGACCAUUGAUUCCACCCAGGCACUGUUCCUUCCGAUUGGAGCGUCUGUUUCUCUCCUAGUCAUGUUCUUCUUCUUUGAUUCAGUUCAAGUAGUCUUUACGAUAUGCACAGCAGUCCUUGCAACAAUAGCCUUUGCUUUCCUUCUGCUCCCCAUGUGCCAGUAUUUAACACGACCUUGUUCUCCUCAAAACAAGAUUUCCUUUGGCUGUUGUGGUCGUUUCACUGCUGCUGAGCUGCUCUCAUUCUCCCUGUCUGUCAUGCUUGUCCUUAUCUGGGUCCUAACUGGCCACUGGCUCCUCAUGGAUGCUCUGGCGAUGGGCCUGUGUGUUGCAAUGAUUGCCUUUGUUCGGCUGCCGAGCCUCAAGGUUUCCUGUUUGCUGCUCUCGGGGUUACUAAUUUAUGAUGUCUUUUGGGUGUUUUUUUCUGCCUACAUCUUUAAUAGCAAUGUUAUGGUGAAAGUGGCUACGCAACCAGCUGAUAAUCCCCUUGAUGUUUUAUCCCGGAAGUUGCAUCUGGGACCAAACGUAGGUAGAGAUGUUCCCCGCCUGUCACUGCCUGGCAAGCUUGUCUUUCCAAGUUCCACAGGCAGCCACUUCUCUAUGCUGGGGAUUGGAGAUAUUGUGAUGCCAGGUCUUCUGCUCUGCUUUGUCCUGCGUUAUGAUAACUACAAAAAACAAGCCAACAGUGAUUCCUGUGGUACUCCAGGACCUGGGAACAUCUCUGGGCGUAUGCAGAAGGUCUCCUAUUUUCACUGCACACUUAUUGGAUACUUUGUAGGUCUGUUAACGGCAACAGUGGCUUCUCGCAUCCACCGGGCCGCACAGCCUGCCCUGCUCUAUUUGGUACCAUUCACUUUAUUGCCGCUCCUCACCAUGGCUUAUUUAAAGGGUGAUCUACGUCGCAUGUGGUCUGAACCUUUCCACUCCAAGUCCAGCAGCUCCCGUUUCCUGGAAGUAUGAUGGAAUAGAUGGAAAGUGACUGAAACUUCUGCCUUGGUCCUUUUCUCUUAACUUGUGGCUUUGUCUCCUAAAGCUGGACUGGUACUUGGAAAGGUACCAGUUUAUGGAACUUGUAUGAAUGGACUUUGCUUUUUUUUUUUUUUUUUUUUUUUUUAAUACAAAGGUUCUGGAGCUCCGUUGGAUUCCUUUUCUCCCUGCAGAUGUGGGGACACUUUGUGCAACUGCAGCCACCUUCCUCUUCUCCUCUCCCUCUUUUAUGGAUUAGUACCAGACUGUUACUUUUGUAAGAGAGGAGGAGACAAACUUUAAACUGAAAACGGCGUGGAAGUCGUUCAGAAACUUGCGAACACUAAAAGGAAAAACAAUUAAGCAAAUUGAAGUUUCAUCAGAGAGCCCCCAAGUACUUUGGGACCAGUUUCCUGUCAGACUUCAGUUUUGGAGAGAACUGAGACAGAAAAUCUGUCACUAUAUUCUUUUUUUGAUUUAUUAAAUAUUUCCUGUGGUGUGAGGUGACUUAUUAAAUCCACAGACAUUGAGUGACUUAUUGCAGUAUACAUAUAAGAAUUUGUUGUAGCGAGUUACAUUUCCACCCAGAUGUCAUGUUGCAGUGAACAAGGGCACGAUUUUUAUACAUAUAUAUAUAUAUAUACAGUAUAUAUAUCUAUAUAUAUACACACACACGCAUAUAGAUAUAUAUAUGAAUAAAUAAAGAGGAAAACCUGCUAAGAUCAUGCUAUGUAGCAGUCAGGGGCUUGCUGUAAUUUUUAGCAUGUAGAGCAGUUUACUAUGGCUUUCUUGUAUAUGACUCUAUGAUGAGCUGCUGUUUUUUCCCCCCUCCACAGCUGAACCCACAGUUAAAAACCAGUGUAGUAUUUGUACUGAUUGUACUCAUGGACUUUAGGGGAGUAUUUGGUUUUGAUCAAUGUAGCAAACUAGGGAAGAAAAAAGUUUAAACCCUUACCCUUUUCUUUUUUUAAAGAACUUCUCCCUUGCAGGUUUUUUAGUAGUUCCUUCUUGACCCAGUGCAUGUAUUAUAGCAGCAAUUGUCUUUGUGCGUUCUGAUCAUAGUAAUGUACCACUUGUAAAUACAUUUUUUCUAUUUUUUUUUGUA